UUAGGCCGCUGCGCCGCCGGCGGUGCCGUUGCCGUGCCCGGCGCGGGCAGCUGCGGGAGGCCGCAGCGUCCCUGUUUCCCACCGCUCUCCCGCCACACACAGAGUGUCCAGCCUGGCGCAGAAACGGGGGUGGCUACGGCGGGAGAAAGGGCAGAGGGCGGCUAACUGCACGGCUAAAAACAACCCUCUCCUAAUAAAGUGAUGGGGCCCGGGCCGCCCCGCGCCCUAUAAAUAAGCUCCGUGCGCAGCCCGCAGGCUUUGGCCGGCGCGGCUCUGCAGGCGGCGCGGUGCAGCGGAGCGGAGAGAGCGCAGCGGGGCCGCCACUGUCGCCGCCGCCGCCAGGAGAGCCCGGGCCCCCGAACCCCGUCGCCCCAGCAAGAUGCCCCGGGUAGACGCAGACCUCAAACUGGACUUUAAAGAUGUCCUGCUCAGACCUAAAAGAAGCAGCCUCAAAAGCAGAUCAGAGGUUGACCUCACGCGUACCUUCACCUUCCGCAACUCCAAGCAGACGUACACGGGAAUUCCCAUUAUAGUGGCAAACAUGGACACUGUGGGGACAUUUGAAAUGGCUGUGGUUAUGGCAAAACAUGCAAUGUUCACUGCAAUUCACAAGCAUUAUUCUCUGGAAGAAUGGAAACUGUUUGCUGCCAAUCACCCAGAAUGCCUUGAGCAUGUAGCAGCAAGCUCAGGUAGUGGAAAAGCUGAUUUGGACAAGCUAACAAGUAUUCUAGAGGCCAUUCCACUUAUCAGAUACAUCUGCCUGGAUGUGGCAAAUGGCUAUUCAGAACACUUUGUGGAGUUUGUGAAGUCUGUCCGUGCCCUGUUCCCACAUCACACCAUUAUGGCAGGCAAUGUGGUGACAGGAGAGAUGGUAGAAGAACUUAUUCUUUCUGGAGCAGAUAUUAUUAAAGUGGGCAUUGGACCAGGUUCCGUCUGUACCACUCGGAUUAAGACGGGGGUGGGAUAUCCACAGCUAAGUGCUGUUAUUGAGUGUGCAGACUCAGCACAUGGCUUGAAAGGACAUAUCAUCUCUGACGGAGGAUGCAGCUGCCCAGGAGAUGUCGCCAAAGCGUUUGGAGCCGGUGCUGAUUUUGUCAUGCUUGGAGGAAUGUUUGCGGGCCAUGACCAGUGUGCUGGAGAGAUUAUAGAAAAGAAUGGCAAGAAGGUGAAACUCUUCUAUGGAAUGAGCUCUGAUACAGCCAUGAAGAAGCAUUCAGGAGGUGUUGCUGAAUACAGGGCUUCAGAGGGCAGAACUGUGGAGGUACCAUACAGAGGAGAUGUGGAACUCACCAUCCUGGACAUCCUCGGCGGGCUGCGCUCCACCUGCACCUACGUGGGAGCUGCCAAACUCAAGGAACUGAGCAGGAGAACAACAUUUAUCAGAGUCACCCAGCAGCACAGCCAGGUCUUCUCUUAGCCCAGGUCUGAGGGGAACUGGAGAGAGGGGCGGAGGAGAGGAAUAGGAAGGGCUGCUGUUGUGUUUUGCCUUCUCCUCCGUGUUCUGUUAGUGGCAAACUCUCCUCUCUCUCAGGAUGGCAGCGUCAUAGCCAUUGGAGGGGCUAUGGCUGGGAUUUGGAAGGGGAAGGCUUUGCUAUUAACCCAGUGCCAUUGGUUCAAAAUGCAAUAGCCUCAUCUUUUGUUGUUGUGCCUAUUUUAUUUUUCGAUCAACAUUUCUUCACCCGUUUUUUUCUCCCUCUGAUAAAUAGCUGCUGAAACAUCAGUUAACAAGGAAUUGGUUUAUACAGACAUGGCUGUUAUGCCUGCACACAUCACACACAUUCCCUUUUUUAAGACUGACUUGUCAGCUACCACAGUUUUUGGUGGUGCAUCCUCCUGAAAUUGCAGGCUGGGAGAGAAAAAGAUUCAAGGAAUUGCGUGGCGAAAUCAAAAAUCAAAUUCUGCUCAUUUUUGUUCUGGCAAAAGCAUAGAUGUUUGUGGCAUCGCUGCCAGCCUGCAGAGUGCCAGAGGUGGAUAGUGGAUGAGGCCUGGUUACUGGCGACUUCUUACUGUGAGGAUAAAAAUGCCAGAUCUUUUUCACUCUCAGUUCACAGGGCUGGUUCUGCCAUUCUUACUUCAGUCUCCCUAUUCAAUGUUUUUUGCCUCUUCAGAGAAGCUGGCAUUGAAUGUAGCCAACUUGUGCUGUCCCCCUUGCCCCCAUCCGUGGAGAUCAUUCAGGAGACAAAAGCUCAGAGCUUGCCUGCUUUUUCGUGCAUGCAGUUAUUGAAUUACUUGGGUUCCUGCCUUUACCUGCUCUCUGUGAACAGAUUUUUAAGACAUUGAAACUCAACAACAGUAAUCCACCAAGGGGAGGCUUCUCUGCAGCCCUGCUUGUUCCCUAGCCUGUUCAUACGCAUUUAACAAAGACAUAAAAAUGCUGCGACAUGCAUUGUCUGUGGCCUGGUGACUGAGGCCAGAGGCAUCAAAUUUACUUUUGGUUAUUUGGUACCACUCUUCUGCAGUCUUUGACACCAUGAAAAGCAAUAUAGAGCUUUUGGCAGAACAGCCUGAUUGCAAGACACUGGUAGGCUGAGAUGGAGUUAAAGCAUUUGCUCUAAAGGCAGUAAUGAAUGUUUAAGACUCUGGGUAACACUUUAAUAAAGUGUAAUGGCCCGCUAAUUAAUUGAUAAAUCACAAAGAAAUUUCUUUGGAAAUACACAUUGCAUCCACAUGAAUACCACAGUAGCUUGUUAUAAAUGAUGUAAAAGUGAGCACCAAUGAAUUAAUAAUGCCUGGCCACUUACUUUAAAGUGCUGCUGAGAUUGUAAUACAGCAGAUGUUACUUCAGUACUUCAGAGCUUUACUUUCCUUUCCUGUGGAAAGAGGCAGGCUUCCUUUGAAAAGCAAAAGAGUGAUCUGUAGGAAGAGGAAUAGCAAAGAAACUCUAGAAUUAAAUUUGUAUGCUGGACUGCUCAAAAAGCCAUGCACAAGGAGUGGUGCAACUGACCAUGCUGAGGAGCAAAUCUAGGCCACAGGCUGAUCCCUGCUGAUUUUGAAGUAUGUUGUGCACAUUAGAAAAAGCACAGAACGUCUUCCAAAUAGCCUGGUAUUCUAAAUGUCUUCCAUUUAACAUAUAGGACAUAAUUCUUAAUUAUGGUAUGACCCCUUUCUCUCCUUUGGAGGUGAAUAAUGGCCUUAAUGUGAGCACAGGUGAUGCUUGUGCUGGCUUUAAGGACCAUUUGUGCUACGCACAUACCAUAAAGUGACCUGGACGUAGAAGAGAAGCAGGCCCUAAGAGCAAAAGAUUGGAUCUCUAUUCCCUCCAGCCUGAAAGCUUCAUGUUAAGAAGUUGCCAGGCUCCUUUAUCACAAACCCCAACGUGGGCCACACCCUGCUCUUACCUGCACUAAGCCCAGAGUAUUAGUAACGGGCAGUAUUACUACUCUGCAUUGGUACAGCUGUAGGAGGUCACGGUUCCUUUAUUUAUGUGAAGUAAAGGGUUAGGGUACAAAGGCAAAUGAACACCUUGGUCAGGAGUGGGGUUAGACCGUCACAUUGCAGGCCUGACCAGAGCUGUCUCUCCACACUCGUGCCUUCACACGUGGGAAGUGCAGCAGUCUGCUGGUCUCACGCCUACUCUCGCUAGUGCUUUUCUACUUUUUUUUAGCUACAUUUCUAAACAGAACGUAAGAAUACAUAUACAUAUGUAAAAAUAUAUAUAUUUGUAAACAUUUUUUAAAAAAAGAUCAUACGCACACUGAACAGAGCAGCUUUAUGACAUGUCUCUGGAACAGUUUCUUUUCUGAAGGGCAGGCGCUGGGGACAAGGGGGGCGGCCUCUCCACAGGUGUGGCAUGCGUGGAGCCUCCUCUCCAGGCAGAUUGCACCCUUACACAGCCAGCCUGGCCUGGGGCCACUCUUAGGCACACAUUUUCCUUCCCCUUGCACACUUACCUCUGACUGACUGCUGAUUCAUAGGAAUGGGUGCGGAUAAGCUAAUCUUAUUUUGUCCCCCCAAAAUCUCCAGGCUGUGAAUGACAUUAAUGCUAAAAAUAAUUACUGAUAAAGCUUUGAAUUAAGGUAUUUGGUUUUUCUAAAUGGCAGCUCUUACCGUCAUCUGGAUAAGCAGCAUGUUUUCUUCUCCUCCCUCCAAAGCAAAUGGGAGAGAGAAAUCAGCUGCAUCUCACCUGUCUCACGUUAUAUGCCGGUUUUGUUCAGGGAUAACCCCCAACUAUGUCAGCGCUCACCAUUUACACUGCACAUGUCCAGCUCUCAGACAGGAUGGAAAAUGGAAAAACAAACCAAAAAAAAAGAUGAGCUGGAGCCCUCCUUUAACACCCAGUCCUAUGCCCUAGUAGUUGCUCUAAUCUUCACUUAGCCCCAGGUGCUGAGCCCUGCUCAAGUCCACUGCCACUCUCGCAAGGAACUAGGGGGCAGAGAGGGGGCAGAGGGCACGCUAUGCCUGCCAGGAUGGUCCCAGCAAAAACCACAACUACUGAUAAAUGCCACGUGCCAUUUGUGGAUCUACCUCACCUCAUUUAACCAGGUUCUUUGUUACUUGGUGUCCUUCUGUGGGAAGUGUAAUUCGUAAAAGCUUAGUGUUGGGUGAUUGUGCAUGAACUGGUCUUCUUUAAUCCUACCACCCCAACCCCAUCCUGUCUAGAGGAACACUGUGAAUGUGACAAUCUGCACCGUAGGCUGAGCUCAUGCCUGCUUCUCCCAGCCAGGCAACUGUUGAGCACUCAAGAGCAAUGUUGAGGUUCAGCCCACUGGCUCUGCAGUGAUUUGGUUUAAUGUACCAAAACCCAACAAGCAGGGUGCUGAAAAGGGCCAUGUUACAUUAUCAAAGCAAUACCUGCUGAGUGAGUCCAUCUCUGGCUUCUUGAAACAGAAGGACUUGUAAAACACCCACCCUCAUUCUGGAGUCCCCUUGCUGCAGCACGUUGUGCAGGGUGGGCUGGCUGGUCCCUGUACCCGUGCAGCCUGGCUUACCUGAACGCUCCUUGGGGAGGGAGUGCUUGGCACGGCAGCAACCUCGCUCACGCCCAAGUGACUGCAUGGAGCACACCUGUAGACCUCCUCAUGGGCAUAAGCCCAGCCUGUUUAAGGAGUGGGCCUUUAGCCAGCAUCCUGCAGGCUGCCACACAAGCCAGGCAGGUCUCUUUGCUCUGAAAGAAACAAGUGCACGAAUCCAGUGAGUGCAGGCCUCCCCCUCUGCUCAUUAGCACAGCUGCCUCACCCCCAUCAGCCAUGGGGCAGGGGCUUUGGCCGUGCAGCUUUGUACUCACCUUAGGGCAUUGCAGGGGACGGGUGUGUGUGUGAAUGUAGGAUGAGCUCACCCUGUAAAUGUGGAGAGUUGUCAGCAGGGGCAGGAAGACUCUCUGCUUACCUUUGGAGGAGCUUUUCCCAUAUGAAGUGUGCCUGUGUGUUCUUUUCAGCUAGUCAACAGAGUGGGAGAAAGGAUGGGGGUGAGCAAGAAACACAGCAGCAAUUAGCCAAGCCCCACCGUGCUGGGACAGGGGGUUGGUGCUCUCCAGUCACGGACACAUUGAGUUUUCUGAACCAAGCACUCCCUAGGUAAUACCUGUUGAGCUCCACUGUCUUGAACAGACUUGCUGCUACAGCUUUUGGCCAGUGUACAUAUAGCAUCUGUCCAUCACCGCCUCCCACCUCUCCACCCUGGGGGGCUGUUGCUUUCUAGUUGCUAGUAUCUGUUUUAUACCAAAAGUUCUUUGUUGGAGCCAGGAGGGCCUCUGCAACCAGUGCCAGGUUUGGCCUUGCUUGUAUAGAAUAAACCCCAAAAGCCAAGGCCCGAGAAGAGCAGAGUGCUCUCUGCAGCAGCCAGAGCCAGCAGGCAGGAGAGGGCCGAGCACUCCCCUGUGGGCUGCCCAGGGGCAGAGCAGCCACAGCACAUCUGGGUUAGAUGCUGGCACAGCUCCUCACCCCUAAACACAGCACGGACCUUCCCCUGCUGCCUUUGCUUUGCUUGCGGUCACGCAGAUGUUAAAGUGAGCCCUCCCCAGCAUUUACUUGACACAGUGUUUAGUGGUUGGAGUUUUCAUACGUAAAUAAAUAAUUCAGAGUCCAAAACUCCUUGGUGUUGCCUGCGAUAUCUGUCAAGCGCUUCUGUGUAAUCGGCCAAAAAAGAGCCGAUGAGUGUUUGAUGUUUUCUGGCCCUGCUCGGCCCUGCCGAGGUGGCAACCUCAGUGUGUGCGCAGUGCCUCUGGUGCAUGUGGCACCAUCAUUUAAAGUGUUUGAAAGUUGUACAUGGAAAGUUUUGUUAUGCAAUAAAGAGUUAACUCUGGAA